UCUUCGGUCGCAGCGUCGUUGUUUGCAACAUGCUUCCAUGCUUCUCACUCGACGAAGACGCGUUAUGACGUCGCCAAAAAAGCACGGUAAACGGCAACGACAGCGGGGAACACAGUACUGCUGUGUCGUCGGCUGCCAUAAAAGUUUGGCGAACGUCAAAGGCUGUGCUCCGCAAAUCAAAUUUUACCGCUUCCCUGGAAAGGCGUGGGAGACUGAAAGGCGGAAGGCGUGGAUUGCCGCUGUGCGCCGCAAGAACGACGAUGGAUCUGACUGGGUGCCAAAUUCGUCCUCAAGAAUCUGUAGCACACACUUUGUCGCCAAUUGCAAGAGCAGCAUUCAAACGCACCCUUCUUAUGUGCCAUCCAUUUUUCAUCCUCCUCCCUACCAGAAGAAAGCUCCAAAUGAAGAGCGACAUAGGAGGUGGAAAAAACGAUUGGAAGCCGCGGUUGCUUGCAGCCCCUGCACAGUCGAACGUGCAAGUAUGACUGAGGUUCAGGAAGCUGGAGAAGACGUGCCGAGGCUGCACGAUGCUGACGAUUCGGGCCUCCUCAUACUAGCAGAAGUGGCAGUUGAAGCAGCAAAUGUUGAACCGCAAACUGCUGAUCAGGGUACACAAACGGAGGUAUGUUUUUGUGGUGGAAACAGCCUACCCUUUCCUUCCCCCUCAGCUUGUGGUCAGAGCAAGUGUACACAGGCAACGCAACCUGCUGAUAAAAAAACGUGACAACCACUGGUGGAGAGGACAACAGCAAGAACGUCUCCAAUUGCACAUGUCAGAGAUCAUGAGUAUGCGGCGUCGAAUUUCGAGCCCUCGUCAUAAGCACAGUGCUGAACACAGAAACGUCAUCGUUUGAAGCCCUGUGAUUUGCUCAUUUUACUACAGUGAACCGCGGCACACGUGCUGUCCUCCACGCUUUGAAAGAGUGUGUAGGAGAAACGAUGGGUGGAGGAUGGUACAGUGCAGGACAAAAGUUUACGGAACACGCUCUGGCACGUUCCUUCCUCAGAGUGGCACGUUAGCAGCGAAUGGGACCAUACGGGCUUACGGACAUGUACCCAUGAUGGUCCCCGAAAUCCACCAUUAAGAAUAAACGUUUAAGAACAAAACAUUCAAGAGUAAUCCGCUUAAAAAAUACACGGUUAAAAAUAUAUCUCCUAAAAUAAACCGCUUACUAUCACCGUUUAAUAAUCCACCAUUAAAAAUAAACUGUUUCAAAAUCCCCUCACCGUCUAGCACGGAGGCGGACUGAUUGCAAUUUGCGCCGGGUUAGAUCAUGUUAGGUUAGUUUAAUUUGGUUUCGGUUAGUUUGGGGUAGUUUAGGCUAGUUUGGUCCUGUGAGGUUAGUGCCCCUUGCUUGCAGUUCACCUUGAUUGGGCCAUACCACAUGACUCUAGCAACUGUAGGAUGGAUCUGGGGGGAUUCUGAAACGAUUUAUUUUUAACGAUAUAUUCUUAAUAGUGGAUUCUUUAGCGUUUUGCAUUUAAAGGGGGAUAUUUCGGCGAUUAUUUUUGUGCGUUGAUUUUUAAGCGUAUAUUCCGGGAGAUAUAUUUUUAACAGUGGGUACUUGCGCGUUUAUUUUUGAAAGAUUAUUUAUAAUGGUUUCAAACGGGAUACACACCCCCUAUGGUAACCCAGUCACCCUUUUGCGAGUCCGUGCAGUACCAUUCGCUGCUAGUGUGUCCCUCUAUGUGAGGAGAGCGCCGGAGCGUGUCCCGUAAACUUUUGUCCAGCGCCGUACUUUGUGACACCAGCAAUGCCCCCGACAGGGUGAUUACGUGACUUGUGAAAUAGACCUGCACAGUGAAAGUGAGAGUGUCCGAGCUGAAAAGAAUGCUUCUGGCGAUUGACUCGUCAUGGAAGGAGGGACAUAAAAGUGCAAGAAUAAGAACUGUGCACAUAUUCCAGCACCAAUGUAAACAUAACAGAGUACAACAACGACAACAGUUUUUAAAAAUGU